GAUUUCAAAUAUUGCGGUAAUAAUACAAUAAUAACUUUUAUAUGAUAAAGCACAGUAAUUCGAAUGUCGUAAAUAUCAAUAUAAUACGUGUAUAUCAUCAGAACGAUUCUCGUUUAAUGGAUGUUGGCGACACUUGUGACAGACGCGUCGAGCCGCAUAUCGACGUUAGGUUAGCUUCGCGUGAAGAAAGUUAGGUUAGGUCGGGGAGUAGUGGCGAAUACGUUGGUCGGCGGGGUAGCGGGCGGGUGGCUGUGGCGUAUAUCGGAAAGAAGGUAGCGUCUCCGUCUCUCUCGUCGCGAGACGGAUCGGUCAACGAGGGUUAACACUUUGCGGCGACUGCUACCGCAAAGCCGUGCUGGCUCGCGCCUCGCGUUUGCAGCGGAACGUGGUGAUGCGGACUGCGGAGUAGUGAAGACGCGACGGUCGCAACGAGAUCGUCGCCGUCGCGUCGGGCCGCCUCCGCUGCGCGAGUACCAGCCUAAAGCGUCGAACGUCGCAAAACGAAGGCAAAUGGAAACGGACACGGUACGGGAGCGCAUAGUACGUUCCUCUCUGGCACGCGGCGGGAUAUCCGGCUGACCAGGGGUUCUCAUAAUCGGGAGCGGCGACGGGAGGAAGUUUUACGGAAAUCCCUAAACGAUCGCUCGGCCCCGAGAGAUAACGCCAAGAGCGACCGCGUUAUCUCCGAGGGAUGCGAAAGGACCUUGCGGAGUUCGAGCGUGUAUCCUUCCGCAAACGGUGCUCAAGUUCCGCGUCGUGUCUGCGCAGAGAAAUCGCGAGAAGGAAGAAGCGAUGGCUCGUCGGUCGAGAGGAACGUGAGGAGGUGACCUGCCGUCACCCUGGCGCGCGGCAAAUCGGAUCAGCAUAGGCCUGGAUCAUCGUCCUCUUCGUCCUCGUCCACGGAGAGGCUGCAAAAGAUGCCCGGGCCGUCGACGACGCAGGAGAGACCCCGCGCCCACCGGCUUACCGACAUCGAGACUCAGGCGAAGAGCUCGAGCGGUAGCCGGGCGGACGAUUUCGACGCGCCUGUCAGUUCCGGCAGCAACAUGAGUAGUAUCGCGCGCUUUCCGAAACUCGACGAGUGCGCCCAUUUUCACUAUGAGCACGUCGAGCUUGGUACAUUGGAGGUAUCCGUCAACGAGGAUACCAACGACUCGGAGAGUUAUGCCGUACGAAUAACAUCCGGCGACGCGUGCUGGACGCUACAGAGAUCCUACGACAACUUUGUCAUGUUUGAUAAGCAGCUGCACCGUUGCAUAUUUGACAGAAAGUUUUCCUCCUUAACGAAGCUUCCAGAUGUUCGGCCAAAAAAUGCCUGUGAUAUACUGAAGGAUUAUUUGAACCGGUUCUCGCAGCUGAAUCACGAGGGCCUGAACUGUGGUCCGGUAUUAAAUUGGUUACAGCUCGAUAACAGGGGAAGAAGGAUUCUUGUACCGGAAUCAGAUUCUUGUCCUAUCAAUACUCCAGCAGUCGCUGCAGCGUACGCCGUGAGACCUUACACCGCUCAGGCGCAAGAUGAGAUCUCCUUUCAAGUAGGCGACAUGAUAUCCGUCAUAGACAUGCCACCUCCGGGAGAGAGCACGUGGUGGCGCGGAAAACAUGGGUUUGCGGUUGGAUUUUUUCCAGCCGAAUGCGUCGCCGUGAUUGGGGACAAAGUACCCCGACAUCUGACGGUCUCGACAACGGUCAGGUCAAAGUUACCAGUAAAGCCCGUGCUCCGAAAACAUGGCAAGUUAAUCGCCUUCUUUAGAUCCUUUAUUCUAAAUCGGCCCUCUAGGCGAAGACUGAAGCAAUCGGGUAUACUACGAGAACGCGUGUUUGGUUGCGAUUUGGGAGAACAUCUUCUAAAUUCUGGUCGAGAUGUGCCCACCGUUUUGACAUGCUGCGCGGAAUUUAUAGAAAAACAUGGUCUAGUCGAUGGUAUAUAUCGCCUUAGCGGUGUAACGUCCAACAUUCAGAAGUUGCGGAACGCCUUCGAUGAGGAUAGGGUACCAGCGUUGCAUUCCGAUGAGAGCAUUCUGCAAGAUAUCCACUCCGUAGCGUCGUUACUGAAGAUGUAUUUUAGAGAGCUGCCGAAUCCAUUGUGCACGUAUCAGCUCUACUCCACUUUUGUUAACGCAGUUCAAGCUAACAGCGACGCCGAGAGAUUGAGACGUAUGAGAGACGCGGUUAGGAAGUUACCACCACCACAUUACAGAACACUAGAGUAUCUGAUGCGUCAUUUAGUGAGGGUAGCCGCGCGUGGCACAGAAACGGGUAUGACGCCGCGCAAUGUAGCUAUUGUCUGGGCGCCGAAUCUCCUCAGAUGCAAGGAGCUGGAGGUGGGUGGCGUGGCCGCGCUUCAGGGCGUCGGGGUUCAGGCGGUCGUGACGGAAUUUCUAGUCUGCUAUGCGGAACUCAUAUUUGGAGACGGCCCUGUUGGCAGACCCAAGUCUUUGGCGAUCACCACAUCCGCGCGACUGCUCACGUUGGAGGAAGCGCGCAAUAGAAGUCUUCGUGGUGAACCCGAUUAUAUAGAAGUUGGAGCAGGCCCAGCCGGCUUACCUCUGCGCUAUCAUACCGUCAUAGAAUUGCCGCGCAAGCGAAACGGCUCGAAACGAUCGCCCUCGCUAAAUUGGAGGGCACUAUUCGGCAGAGGUGCCGUCGGGAAAACGAGACAAAUCGGCACGCCACCUCAGACGGAAGCAGUGCCAAGUUCCUUGAACUCCUUGCGACGACUGAGACCUGUCAAAAGCGCUGACAGUUUAGACGGCGAGGAUGGAUUGGGCCCUCUCUUGGGAGGAGGAGGUGGAGGAAACGGACCACCUCCCAUCAGAACCUGCGGUCAUAGUCGAUCCGUCUCGCACGACUCGUAUUUUGAUCAUUUGGCCGAUGCGCCCAACGCGUCCUCGCCGUUGGAUCUCUCGGAGAUACAACUCAAUUUUGACCUCGAGGAACGAGAGAUGCGGAUGCUCUCGGAGGAGGAAAGUGGUGUAGCGUCAGUAGAGGCGUCACCGCGUCGGCAGAGAACCGAAGGCAAUCAAUGUGCCGCUGCGACUGGCGGAUCCAAGAGAAAACGAUCUCGUUUAGAGGAAAGACUGCAUUGCGACGUCGAGUUGCGUUUCAUAGACAGCCAAAGUCCCGAUCAGGUUAUGGUGUCGACAACAAACGCGGAUAUUCACAGUAUUGAUACGCCAUCUCCAUUACAAACGCCAGGCUAUCUGCCGUUGCUAUCGGAGGCUUCUACACCACUGACGCCCGCUACGUUGCAGGGCACAUCUCACUCCACGACGCCGGUACCGGCUAACAGCCCUAGAAUAAGUUUCCGAAGUUUUACUUUACCGUUAGAGAUUGGCGAUGAGCGCGAUGCAAGCGGCACGAAUAAGGAAGUCAGUGUGUCUUCGUCUUCUGAAAAGUCGUCGGAUCCUGGUCACAGAGUAUCCACAAAUUUAGAGGACCGAGAUAGGAGAAUAGAGCCGCUAUGCGAGAGGAUUAUGACUUACGAUAGACAUGAUAGAAAUGCGACCACGUCGCUUCCGUGCACUUCCGAAAAUCGCCUUGCGACUAAAUCGACUGCAGUUGUCUCGGUUUUCAACGAUACCGAGAUGACGCCAUGCAACAGAUUAUCAACUUCAUGCGAGGAAACUGCAUCUGGCGGAAUCACCGUCACGUCUCGCAAGGAUGUAACAAGUGCGCUGACUUUGCAUACCGUGGAGAUUCCGUCUGAUUCGUAUGAAAAAAAGGAAAAGGUGGCUAAAGAAUGUGAUGAGUCUACCGAUCCGCUGAGUAGUCUUACCACCGCUAUGGGCGAUUUGCCAAGGUUGCCAUCCAAUAUGACUGAUCUCGAUUCGCCGAUGUCAUGCGAGCAAACUCUGCAGGAAUUGCAGGAAUCCGGAUUCGUGAUAUGCGACGAUUCUGACAAAGUAUUCAGCAGUAUGGAAAAUCCGCGCGCGACGAGCAGCAACAACGAUUCCGGCGACUGGGUGAUUGUUGGAGGAACGGCAGCUAAUUCCUUUACCACAUCGAUCAGCGAGUCGACUAGUCCCAACGAUUCCUUUGUGGAGAGAAACGCGAAUCCGCAAGCGUCGGAGAACGUCUCCGGAGCACUGCUCGCGUUGCCUCUGACUGCGAAUACGUUCCGCAUGGGAGUCGACAACUCGGCGGGAAGUCGUAUGUCGACGCGCGAAAGCGAGGAUAUGAUACUGGAUAUUACCGAUGUUACGAAGAAGUACGCGAGUCACGAGCGAGAGGAGGCUGAUGAUCCGCAACCGAGUUUCGGUCUUGUAAACGAGGAUAAUCUCAUGGAUGACGCCCAGUCUCGAAUGCGCGAUCGGGAGAACGGCAAUCGGUUGUCGUCGUGCACGACGGAUGUUGAUUCGAGUCAAGAGUCUAAUACGAGGGAGCAGCAGGUCCGUGCAUGUUACAUCGAGGCGGACAAUGCGAACGUAUUUGGUACAAAUCGGAACGAAGUGCGCGACGACAAGGAGCUUUUCGGAGAGACGGAAACCUUCGAGAACUAUCGCCGUCUGUCAUCGAGAGACACGGGCACUCAGCAACGGGAUUGUGCGACACGUACUUUGCACGCCACGAAUCAUCCGCGAUUUUCGAAUAAACCUGAGGAGGAUCAGGAAACGAACCUUACGCGAGACAACGAUCGUGACAACGACCAUUGCAUGAACGGACUAUCGAAGAAGUGCCAAAGUUUCGGAUACAAUAACUCACAAAAGCAGCAGCAGCAGCAGAGUAAUACGCAACCGAUACGCAGUAAAUGCGCUUCCAAACGUGGUGACGAAGGUCACAACAAGUGCGCCAGCUUGCAAGUCAGUCAGAUACGGGGCAACAUCGAAGUGAGAAUUCCCUCGGAGAACGCGGCCGAGCCUUGCGAAGUGGCGCACGCGCCGGAAGGAGCGUCCGAGCUGAUGGAACGGACAUUAGAUGCAUCGAAUAUGACGUUUACAAGUGUCUCAUCUCCGACGGCGGUCGACGACGCAGCGGUUCUUCCACCUCGAGAUACCGCGGCGAUCCUACAAGAACUCGCUCUGCAAAGAUUGUCCGGGGGCGUGGUGGGAGACAUGUCCACGCCCGUGAGAAGAAAAUACGAAAGUGAAACGGUCAGAGAGCGGAGGAGCUUCGACUCGGAGAUCGGCAGGGAGAUCGUCAGGGAGAGCAAGAUGAGACAGGAAUUGGAUUGCGCGAGAAACAAGUCUGAUGAGCAGUCGCAACACUUGCCACCAUGCUUGCGGGCACGUCACGCGAGGGCGACCCGGGCGGCGCUGAGCCGCUCCUUGGACGAGGCCAAGUUCAAUCGGAUGACAGGAGAUAUCUCGUUGUCGGUGAAGCCGACAUCCGAGGACGCGCAACACUGCUCGACACCCAACGUCGGUAGCAGCUCUGGCAUCUGCUCGAGCGUUUCAGACAAGAUCCAACUGAGGAAUCUCGGCGGCCUAGACCUGGGAGACCCGCAGUGCAGGGAGAGAAUUGAAAAGUACAAAGAAGAGAGGAGGACGUUUUUGAGGGACAAGUAUCGGUCGGAGAGUUUUCGCGGGGUUUCGUCGAAAACGGAAGACGACAGUGAACAGGCGUUAUUAACCAGGUUGAAACAGAGGGCCUCCAGACCCUCUCUUCAUUGAUGAAAAUUAUGUCUUUCUAAGACAAGGAAGAGAGAGAACGAGCUUGUUCUCUUUCUAUAGUAGUAGUAUAAAUAAGUUCUCGAGCAGUUGACAAGUAAUGCGAUAUCCAUUAUCUACUUGCAUCUUAGAACAAGUGCAAAUUUGUAGGACGGCUGUCGAAUUUAUUGUAAUGACCAACCUUCUAUCAACCUUGUUCUUAACGCCAUGCACAUGUCUGCUUUUGUUUUUUGAAUAUAGGGCAACUAAUUAGAAAGACGGCGGGACAUCGAGCGAAUGAUACAUGAUCUAAACGGUAAUAAUAGAAAAUACGUUAUCUCAAAUUACGUAACUUUUAUGGUUCAUAUAUUUUUAUUGAAUUUAUAUUCGAUAAUCCCAGGUAUAUAUGCUAACUUGGGCUUAUUUGUACUACUCACAGGCGAAUGCCGUUGCAUUCGACGACGAUAUUGUUUAUUCUGCCAAACGCUCUUUUUACUAGACUCCACUAAACCGCUUUCACUCGAAUCUCACCGGUGGCCGCGCGGCACACCGCAGCUGAUGGAAUGAAGAUGAACUACGACGAGGACGAUGAAACGAAUUACACGAUCCAUAACUCGCUCAUCUUCGUAUCCUCGAUCGCCAUUGUUAGAUGAAUUGUACGAAUGCUUUUAAAAAGCUCAUUAUUAAUUUAUUACGACUCGAAGGAAGGUAUUCAUUUUUAUUAUUGUUAGAAGCUUUAAUAACGCGCGAUUCUCUUUGUAAUUAUUAUUAUUAUCAUUAUUAAUAUUAUUUGAUUUUUAUAUUUACUCAUACUUCUUUGUACUGUUAUGCUAGCGAAGGAAAAGAAAACGCGCGCGUGCGCCCGCGCGCGUAUAUUGUUUUAACUUGCUUUGUGUGUAUGUACCAGAGUCAACGAUAUCUUGUGUAGAUUCUCACGAUAUCACGCGAGACGUUGGACUCUCACCUGUUGCUUUUACGUGUCGCGUGUAGAUGAAAAUCUCUUAUUGAAAAAAGAACAUCUUGCAAUCUUUUUUUACAGAAAUUUCUUUACGAGCGAUGUAAAAGAUCCGAUCGUCUCUUUAGAGGUAAAUUGGCAAUUUCAUCGAAAUUCAGAUGAGUAUUCUUCAAAAAUUUCUGGUACAUACAUGAAGUUUAACUUUGCGCAUCGCGAGUUCGUCGGAGAGUUUCAACGAAUUUGCCUAUGAGGUUAAACAACGGGCGUUUCAUUCGUACGUCAAUGUUAUUCUCUCGUUAUGGACUGGUCCAUAAUGUAACUCACAGAUAUAUCUUUUGGAAAACACGUUAAUUCUUUUAGUUAAUUAAUAUGUGUGUAACAUAUUGAUUUCUAUAACAGUGCGCUUGUCGACGGAAGGUUUGCUUAAAAUCAAGAUUACUAUCAGAUUACUAGUGGUUCUCAUGUCUUAAAUAAGGGCUUAUUUCUAGUGCGUAUCUCGUGCGCAUUGGCUUCGCGUCUCACUACAUUUCGAUUACUAGGCAGCAACCUUGCUUGACUACCUCACCUCGUCUCAUCUUUAUUAUCCAUUUCUACUGAUGUAGAUUAAUUUUAAUAUCUUCAUUUAACUUGGUCUUUAUCUUCCUCCAGUUCUAAGAAUUAGAAAAAGAUGAAAUGAAAGAAGAAAUGAACAUGUUACAGUUGAAGUUGUAUGUCGUGCGACCUUACGAUUAGCUUACGUUAGUUUUUAUUCCAUUUUUCUUUUUAUAUAUCUUUAUUUUUUUCAGCGGUUUUAAUUUUUUUCGUAGAAAAAAGAAAUGUUCUUUUUUUUCGUUUUCUAUAAAGACAAGCUGAACGUUUCUUUAAGCACGGUUUGAAAACCGUUUAAUAAGACUGGGACUAAUUGUCUGAUUCUGAUUAAUGAGCGUCUUGCAUGUGUACGCGACAAACGGACAAAAUGCAAUUUAAUAUACUCCAAAAGUUGGAAGCGUAUGUUCUGAUCGCUUGCAAAUUCUUAAGGCAUUUAAUUAGGAUUACUACUUGACAAUGUUUAAAUUUCUGCAUGCGUAGCGAGGACUCGUGGUUUUCGUUUCGAACAACGACUCUUUCAUUUCGGUUGACGUAACCGGUCUUUUUAAACAUUAAUUACACUGUUUAACAGAAAAAAGUGUACGAAAAAGCAGACACAACCUUUUUUGACACUAAAUUUGAUUUCGUUUGCCGAAUUUGUCUGUACGUUACAAUUUGGAGAAAUUUCCAGUUAAAGUGUAAAACGACUAUUUUAAUGUAUUUUGGCGCGCGCAACUACGAUGCAUGAUGUGAGAACUUUGAUUGUAAUCUAAAUUGAGUUUUGAGAUUUUCAUAUUUUAGAAAAAAAAUUGGUAUGAUUAAAGAGAUAUUUGAUUAAUAUAAAUUUUGACAUCUAUCAAUAAUAAGCACUUAAAAUUGUUUUUGUUUGCAACUUUAACCGCAAUUUUUCCGAAAUUGUAACGUGACAUAAUUUGAAAAAUUGUGAGAAAAAAUUACCCUCGUUCCCGCAGCCAAGUAUUUCUUGUCAAACAGUGUUAUUAAUGUCAGUCGAAUUGUAAUCAGGAACAUCGUCAACGAUUGCCCUCUUCUCCCUUUCCUGCCCCUCGUAAUCGUCGCAUGCUCUAUAUUUUAUCGUGAAAACGCCUGUAAGCAGCAUUCAGCCAUACGUAGUGCGCGUUUACAAUUUAUUGAUUAUUGUUAACGAUUAAAAAAUACUUAGAGAUUCGAUAGUUUCGCGCGCGCGCGCUUCCUCGGAUACUCUUAUCCGUGAUUGACGAUGGCCUAAUUGGAAAGAGCGAGGGGUGUUCGGACACAACGCCUGAAAAAAACUCCUUAUAAACGAGGUACCUAAUGAUCGAACUUGUGCACAAUAUUAACGCGCAAUAAUAAUACAUCCGCGAGCGAUGUGUAUUUUUUAGUAAAUUGAAAAUUUCCGCGGUAUCCCUGCGAAAAGUCGAUAGAGAAAUCUUUAUUCAGGGCACAAGGGAGAAACGAUACUAAGAACUGUUAGAAAGUAAAAAAAAAUUUCCUGUAAAACAAUACAUAUACACACAUACACAUACACAAAGACUAAUUCUGUAAUAUUCAAAGGCUAAUAUAUAUAUAGAUAUAUAGUAAUCUUGUUUUUGAGUGUAGGAGGCUCACGCCUUUAUCCAGCUAGGCGCGUCUCUUUGCUCCCCCCCUUUAGUUAUAAUCGCAUUUAAUAAUAAUUGUUUCCGUUAUGAGAGACUACUGUUUGUCGAUUAUGAUUAUAAUAUAUGCAAGUUGUACGUGAAAUAAAUAUAAAUGCUGUAAACACC